ACAGGUAGACCGAGGGACUUACAUGUACCAGAGACCAGUCCCCCCGGUAAUCAGAUCAUGUGCUUUACUGGACCAACCCAUUGUUUCCGAAUAAUAGAUUACAGAUAUUUCGAACUAUUCAACGCUAAGAGGGGCGUUUAAAUGGCUUUGUCUUAUUGAAAACGCUGUUUCAAUCCAAUAGCACCGGUUUGUUUAUUUUAUUUGGAAUUAUUUGAGAAUUCUUACAUUGUGUGUGUGUUUACAGUCGAGAAGAUAGAAAUAUUGCCAUUUGAUUGAGUGGAUGGUAUUGAACUGAUUUGAUACACGUGAAUGUCUCUAAUGGGAAAAUCUUUUAAAAUUCCGUUAAUUCAUCAUGUUAAUGGCCAUAGACGUUCUUAGGACCUGUAAUCGUCGCAGAAAACCUGAUAGAUAUGUGAGACUUGAUUGUCUAACAAGAAAUAUUUGCCGAACAUGUAGCCAUCGUUAGAAGGCGCUGCAGAAGUAGUCUACUGAAAUAAUGGCUUUCCUCUGUCCAAGUCGAGUUGGACGUGGAACCAAAGAGAAAAAGAGAAAAGUCGCCUCGUCUGCGAUUUUUGGUAGGAUUACGGGAAGUGACAGCGUGGAUACCCUGGUCAGAGUCGGCCUGGAGAAGCAACAUGGGCUUCCUGCCAACGCAAAGAUGGUGGUACUGCAAGACUUCAGCCCGGGGGCGGAAAAAGAGCUGGAAGUUAAGAGGGGCCAGGAGGUGUUUCAGCUGUACAAGGAGAACGAUUGGUGUUACGUCAUUACCGUGGACGGCCGAGAGGGCUUUAUACCGGAAUCCUUCUGUCUAGGAGUUACUAACUCACCCAGUGUAAAAUCGAAGUCCAAAGACUCCCCAAGGAAUUCGGGAGAAUACAGAUCUUUCGACACUUUCGAUUCGGAUUCCUUUUUUUCUUGCAAUGAGGAUUACGUUAAUGACGUCACCGACAAUGGACCUAAAUCCCCCGUCCCCCUUAGCCAGUUGAACGUAGUCGACUACCAAAAUAUCGCAGUGGUACCGGAAGUUAGGCCUUUCCGGAAGACGUCACAUGGGCAUUUCAUUGUGCUUUUUGACUUCACUGCGCAGGAUGAGAACGAUGUGACGGUUGAGCGAGCCGAACUUCUGGAUGUGCUGAACAUCGAGGACCCUGACUGGUCGUGGGUCCGCCGAGGCAAUGGAGAGGAGGGAUUCGUACCCAAGUCCUACAUAUGCCCAGUGGAACCACUUAAAGCCCAUGGUAAAUGGGAGAAAAUGUUGGCGCUUCAACACAAGCAGAAACGAUCAAGCACCCCGACAAUACGUCAGCCACUUCUAUCAAACUUUUCCCCAAGACGAUACUCCCAGUCAAGCGAACCCCCGACCCCUCCUCAGAGAAAUCCUCUACGGACAUCGGCACUCCGAACUCGCUACAAUGAACUCGACCAAGAGUCCAAUUACUCGGACACACAGAAAGAGCAGCAUCGAUCAAACUCGGCAUCGAUGCAAAAUGGCGAGAAGUACUCGGUUGUGAGGUCACCGCUUGUGACGUCAGUCGGAGCAAAGAGGUCAAAUUCUCCCUGCCGAGUACCUCAGAAUUUGGAAACGAAUCGCCAUGGAGACGAUUCCCUGAACAGCCCACCCCUUAUCGUUUAUGACAAACCAUAUUCACAAAGAGUAACUAGUCGUUCCCCGUCCCCAAGGCUACCGCCAAGUUACUCUGAUCUAUCCGAUCAGAGCGCUAGACAGCGGACACGCUCGGCCUCCCCAGCCUCGUCCAGAGCGUCCGCUAGUUAUGAAAACGUUAACAUUAAAUCCACUUGUGAUAAUAUUGUAAAUAUGAGUACUGUAAAAAAGACACCCCUGUCAUUGUCGGAUCAAAACCUCUACAAGAAGCAGAGUGAUGGCGUCACAAACAAGUACAGUUCCUACCAAAAUCUGUCUUCGGGGAAUUUCAGCCUGGUUCAGAAUGGGAGUUCUAGAUUAUACACAGAUAUGGCAACUAACCAAUCAAAUGUCUCAUUACCGAAUGACUCAGGUCCAGAGGGGCUCUUUGUACCUAAUUCUAGACUUUCAUCCAAUGAGUCUCGCCCAGAUCGCACCAGGCAGGGAUCAGAACUCAUAAUGAUGUACGACUUUAAUGAUGAGAAUCGCGGGGGACUGACGGUCAGUCGAGGUGACCUGGUCUAUGCUGAUGGCAUGGAUCAGCAAGGUACAGACUGGCUGUGGGUAUAUUACCCUCAGACCAGCCAGUAUGGGUAUGUCCCUAGGAACUAUGUAAAAUCCACACAGCUAAAGACCACUUUAUAAAUGGUACUGAACUUUUAGUAUCAUAAUUUAAAUUCAUAUGUGAAUAAACUGUUUGCAACUUUUAAUAAAGCAUAAAGCAGA